UAUGGUUUUCUGAUUUCUGAUGCGUCUGUUAUUAGACUAAUGUUUUUAUUACAGAUCAAAAGCAGAAACAAUUCAUCUGAUUCCGUUUGUUUCUUCUUCUUCAUUCACUCCCCAUACAGCUCACCACACACAGUACCCCUCUCCCACUCUCUAUAUGUCCUCUUUUUGAGCUCUGAUCUCAGAGCUCUAAUGGCGGCCGACAAUGUAUUAAAAUCCCGAGAGGUAUCAGCAAUGAUAAAACAAGGUUUCAUAUCCGACCCAACUCUCUGUUUUUCUCCUUCAAGGAUGAUAUCUAGGGUUUCUCCGUCUUCUUCUCCCUCCAAGAGUAGUCCUCCCCCUGCAUUCUCCGACAAGAUGCGGUCUAGCCCGACCCUCUUCGAAAUGAUGUCCGAAGAGCAACAGCGAGAAGCCAAGCGUUCCGAGGACAAGCGUCAUAAGUUGCAGGAAAGGAUUUCGAGGAUCUUGGCUGAAGCGCCAUUUCAGAACCCCAAUUGGGGGAGUGCUGGAGAUGUUAAGCUCACGGUUACUUCAAGAGAUGGGUUUAGGGUUUCGAUGAAUGUCCAUCGGAGUGUCCUCGCCGAUCGGAGCCGGUUCUUUGCGGAGAAGCUGAGGCCAGAUGGGGCGAUUACUCAUUCGGUAGAGAUAUGCGAUUGUGAUGAUGUCGAAGUUUAUGUUGAGACUGUGGUCUUGAUGUAUUCCGAGGAUUUGAAGAAGAGAUUGAUGAAGGAGGAUGUGGGGAAGGUGUUGGGGUUGCUGAAAGUAUCUGCAGCUAUCAUGUUUGAUGCUGGUAUAGCGUCAUGCCUGGAAUAUUUGGAUGGAGUUCCCUGGUCCGAGGAUGAAGAAGAGAAGGUCAUCUCUCAUCUCGGUCAACUUCAACUUCAUAAUUCGGUACCAGAUGUGCUGAAGCGAAUUUCAGUAGAUCCAUCUACUUCUGCUAGAGCUGAUGAUAUCUUCUUGCGACUGCUGACAGGGGUUCUACAAGCUAAGGAUGAUAAAGCCAGGCGAGAAAUGAAAACUUUGAUAUCUGGAUUGCUCAGAGAAAACACAAACCACCUUGGUCAUAACGUUGACCGACUUGAUGUCUCCAAGGAAACUCUUUACCAUCUUUGCCACAGAUGUCUCAGUUCUCUUAUCCUUUGCUUAUCUGAGGCAGCAAGCUUGGAUGAGAGCAGGCGGGAUCGGGGUGUCCUAAUGGCUGAGAUAGCUAGAGAAGCUGACAAUAUGCAGUGGAUUGUCGAAAUUCUGAUUGACAAAAAGAUGGGUGACGAGUUUGUAAACUUGUGGGCAGAUCAGAAGGAGCUUGCUAUCCUCCACUCGAAGAUUCCUUCCAUGUUCCGGUAUGAGAUCAGCAGGAUAACUGCCCAACUCUGCAUUGCGGUGGGGAGGGGACAAAUAUUGGUAUCAAAAGAAGCAAGAUUUUCUCUGUUGUCAACAUGGUUAGAAGCUCUCUAUGAAGAUUUUGGAUGGAUGAGGAGGGCUUGCAGGUCUGUUGAUAAGAAAUUGGUGGAGGAUGGACUGAGUCAGACAAUCCUCACAUUGCCAAUGGCACAGCAGCAGGCCAUCUUAUUGAAUUGGUUUGACCGAUUUUUAAGCAAAGGAGAUGAUUGCCCCAAUAUGCAGAGAGCAUUUGAAGUCUGGUGGAGAAGAGCUUUUAUCAGGCAAUAUAUGGCUGAUCAGGAUCAGUCGCAGCUGCAGAUUACUGUCUGUGAUUACCCCACCUGAAGAAAUAUCAAUCUUGACUGGCUACGGAGAUGAGCUCCAUCAACUAGAAAGAGUGAGGCUUCCUUCCCCAUACUGAAACAGAAGUCUCCAAUGUAAAUGGGCCUAGGUUCAAUUGGAAACAAGUAAAGCUUUGCCAACCCAGUGGAGGGAAACAAAAAAAAGGACACCAAUUUGCUGUUAAAGGUGCAAAUAUAUCACGUUCGGAUGCAGCUUCAGACCUUCAUUUCUGUUACUCUUCAAAGCCUUAGAGGAUUAUCUAUUUUCUACAAUGACAAAAGGAUGUGAUUCAAGAUGAGAAGAGGGAUUGAUGUGGCAUUUUUUUUCACAUUAAUUCUGGAAGAGCUGAUACCAACAACUUUGUCAUCAUCAGUAAUGAAUUAUGGAUGGAGGGAUACAAAUACCAGGGCCUUCAGCCUUGUAGAAUCAGAUGGAUGGUCUAAUGGUUGAGAUUCACCCUGUUUUUUACUUUUUACUACUGGAGUGUGGCAUUUAACUUUAACCAAACUUCUUUUUGUAGUAAAGAUUCAGUACUUGAAUUGUUGUUGAUGGGAAAUAUCAUGCGAGUACGCCCAUUUGUUUUCACUA